AUGGUUAUAUGGCUCUUAACAUCUAUAAAGAGGAAUAAAAAAGUAUCAAUGAAGGAAGGAAAUUUUAUAUUGUCUUUAGUUGUGGAUAUUGUUUUGGGAUAUCUUAUACUAAACUUACUUUUGCAAGAUAAAAAUGAUCUUGCAAUGCUUUUAAUGGGAAUAUUGGAGUAUAUAGGAUACCUUGGAUUUACUUUUCAAGCUGCAAUAGUGGCUGAUAUGAUUUGCAUAGCUACAUUUCACUCAUAUUGUAUAUAUGUAUAUGCUGCAAGAUUAUUUAAUAUACAAAUAUCUGGACUCAUUGCUUUACUAAGAUUAUUUGUGGGCAGAAAAUACAAUCCUUUGAGAGGUGGCAUAGAUUCAUGUGAAUAUACAAAUCAAGAACUGUUUGUAGGAACGGUUGCAUUCACUAUAUUAUUGCUGUUGUUGCCUACAACCGUUAUGUACUACACUGUGUUUACAUUGUUUCGUGUGCUCUCCAUGCUGGUUCAAUAUGUCCUUGCUAAAUUUAUAUACUGGGUACAAACACUACCCCUUUAUGUAGUUUCUUUAUGGUUAACAAAUUCCACAAGGGUAGCAGGAAAUGUUCUUAUAGAAGUGGUCAGAAAUGACGAGGCA